GAGGAGCUCGAGGUCUACAACUGGUAGAUCAGUAGUCUGCAGGCUAUGGACAGAGACACGUAGCCCUGAUGCUGGUAGUGCUUGUAAUCUGAGUCAAGUGAGCUGCGGAGAUAGCGAGAGCCACGCCGGACGUAUCUCGCUGAUAACAAACCAAGGGUUUAUUUUUCUUUUCCUUUCUGUUUAACUCCGUGGACGUGUGAACACACGACUCAUACUUGAAACGUAUGCGCUGGCGGUGAGUCGAUCCCUGUGAAUAGUGAGUGCCAAUAAGUCUACAGACCAAAAAUCAACUGAUAUUAACUAUUAUUGCACUGACUUUUUAAAAUGAAAACAAAAAGAAUGUUCGUGAUCAACUAAAAUUGUACCGCACUGCAAAACCAAUUGCCAUCCAACGCAGAAAAAUGGUCUCAACUCACAUUCACAAGUGGGCAGUCCGUUUGGUACUUGCAACGCUGGUGGUCUACCCAUUCUCCAACGCCAGCAUCCAACCGCUGGACUGGACGGAAUUGGCCAACGAGAUUGAUAACCAGCAAUGGUGCGGCAAGAGUAAUUAUUGCCACUCUCUCUAUGAGACAGAUGACGAAUCAACAACGGAAUUAUUCUCCAUCAAACACGGAAGGACCACAAUGAACCCGAGCGAAAUGGAAGAAAAACGCUUUUUGGAAAGGCCAUGCCGUUGCGAUGAGGAAUGCCAUAGAUAUGGCGACUGUUGUUACGACGCUCCGGCUGCCGACGUCGGCACCAGCAUCAGCAACAAUAACAUCAAAGGCGUGGAGUUCAGCAGAAAUUCGUUGGCGUGUUUACCUCUUCGCUUCAAAGAUAACGAUCACACUCCAGACCAAAAGUACUACAUUUACAUGGUCGAUAAAUGUCCGUCUACUUGGUUCGUCGACGGCGACGACGAAUCUCUACCGGCCUUGUGUCAGAAAAAACCAAACCAAUCGGACUAUACCCAUUUGAUGGACAUCCCCGUAUUGUCGCUUGACACCAACCAGACUUACGCCAAUGUUUUCUGUGCUCGAUGUCACUCGGAUGCUGCCCGGCUGGCUCGUUGGAAUGUUUCCAUCGAAUGCAACGAAGAUUUCGAUCAGCUUAAUAUCAGCCGAGCACAAAUAUUCAGUCAAUCCAAUUAUCAGCCGGGUUUGCGGCAAUGGGUUCUUUAUAACCCUUCUAUUGAUACCAUUGGCAGCAUUCGAUGUCACAUAGUUAUCGAUGAAUUCCGGAUGUUUUCAGAUUAUCUCAAAACGACAGGCAGCAGGAGAUGCUUACCGAGAAUAGAAAGUUGUGCUACCAAUUGGACAAGUGAGUCCGACAAAAUCAAAUGUCAUGCCUACACUUUUCUUGUUCAAACGGAACUCCCUCUGGGUUUCAGCAGACGGCACUUACAGCAGAACGUGUACAAGAAUGCCCACUGCGCCAAGUGCAACCAUGUCCAGCCUAAUGAAACUCUUUGCUAUUUUCCGAGGAGUACGGACUUGUUCAGAUUAAGAGCUCCUCUUCCAGGCGGCCGAAGACAAUAUUCGUUUUCAAUGUUAAUUGAUUUUGACUUUGGCGGAAGUGGAGCAGGAGGCGGAAGAAAUGAAAUUGUGUGUGGGCCCAAGGAAAUAUUUGACUACUUCCACGAUCGAUGCCAUGCAGUUAUUUGCGGUGCAAUGUUUGUCAACGAAGGAGGAACUUGCGUACCGAAAUCUGAGCUAAAAGUAGAUGGACCAACAGCCAGAAUUUGGCUCAAUUCAUCUUGCCAGCGAUUGGUUUUAACGGAGAAUCUGGAUUAUAUCCAGCUGGAAAACGGUUCGCUAAUUCUAAACUCUACUGGCGAAAUGCUUCAUCGGGAAGAUUACGAACCGAUUGAAGUCGGACAGAACGUCAGCAUUUGCUCGAUCCAACCGGACAGCUACUUCAAAUACGCCUCAACUGGGCAGCAUUACAUGUCCGAUAUUUGUUUAGCUAUUAGCGUCGUCUGCCUUGCCUUCCACAUAAUCGUUCACAUGAUCCUACCGAAAUUACGAAAUUUACCCGGUAAGAAUUUGCUUUCGCUCUCUUGCGCCCUCUUCAUGGCCCAGCUGCUCUUUUUGACGGGCAUCGGUCUUCGAGACACCGUCGGCUACCGCCUCUGUGCCACUCUGGGAGUGUUGACUCAUUGGUUUUACUUGGCAGCUUUCUUCUGGAUGAACGUCAUGGGCUUCGACAUUUGCCGGACAUUCACCGGGUCACUGAUCAGACACCGCGGCAUGCAAGGCCGUGGCCAGCGCUGCACUUUCAUUUUCUAUUCUUUGUACGCCUGGGGUUUUCCAACUUUGGUCGUUUCCCUGGGAAUCAUGUUGGAUUUAACCCACUUGAUGGACGACUACGCACCCGAAUACGGCACCCGCCUUUGCUGGAUCUCAAACAAGACUGGACUGGGUUUCUUUUUCAUCGUGCCUGUAGCCGUUCUGCUGUUGGAGAACAUGAUCCUCUUCAGUCUGACCGUAUUCUCCAUUUUGAAACAGAGGAGAGCCGCUCGGUUCGCAGUCGACAAGAAACAGUCCUACCGAAAGGCCGGCGAGAGCAAGUCGGUGACGGAAAGGCUCCAACUUCCGCCCGGUCCGACGGCCCCAACGGCCCCCAUGCGUCACAGUAGCACCGCCAACAGCAAGCAAAAGAUUCGCUUCAUCCUUUACAUCAAACUGGGUCUGAUUAUGGGAAUGGGCUGGAUCUUCGGCUUCAUAGCGGCUCUAGCCAAAAUUCCAGCUCUCUGGUACCCGUUUAUCUUCUUCAACGCUUUGCAAGGCGCCUUCAUCUUCGUGGCUUUUUGCUGCAAGCGCAAAAUCUAUUUUAUGCUGUACCAAUGGGCCACCAAUCGACCGCACCCAUCUGACUCGUCGUCAAGCAGCCGAACGACGGCUAGUUCCAACAAGCCUAGCACCAGCACUCAGAGGGCCAGCGUUGCCGUUGAACUACCCAGUAAUUUGGCAGUCGAAUUCGAAAGUCAUCCAACCAAUCGGUUCGUUCCCAUCGUCCAAGGCAGCACACAACCGGUCCGUCAACAGUCCCUUUCUAAGCAUCGUCAAUACUAAAAAAAAAUUCAAAACAAAUCAACAAAAUUAACCAUUGCAAAACGAUCCUCCUCUGAUGUAACCAACGAUCUUAUUUGGCUGACGAUCUUCUCUCUCUCUGCAAACUCUUUUUUUAUCUCUAUCUUUCGCUCUCUUGAAUGGCGCUGCAUGAUGAUGGACUCCGAUGGGGUUCCAAGAUGUGAGCAUACCUGUCAUUCGACCCAUCUCAGCAUAAAGUCGGAGAUGGUAUUGGGAUAUGCAGAAAUAAUGAUUUGAUAAAAUGUUGUAUUCUUAAUUUGUUCAGCAGCAGCCUUCCUUAGCGGCCGAACGUCUGCUCCCGCAGGUGGCCGCGGUCGAGAUUGCUCGCAAUUGGAUCAGUUCCGCCUCGCCGGUCAGCCGGGCCAAACGAAAUCUGCCUCGAGUUGUCGUCACCAAACAUUUCGUCAACGAUGACGAAUUGCAUCCGGAUCCGUUCGCCAACGGGCAAAACUCCGUGUGCCAUCUCUACGUUCAAAAUAACAAUCACUCAUCAUUGUCCAAGUCCUGACUAUAGAUACUUAUUCCGUGUCCAUUUCACCUAUAUAGUAUAUCGCGCCGCUACAUAACCCUCUGUUGUUUUAAU